CAUCCUUCAGCCCAACUUACUCCCACCUCUUGCACCGCUUUAUCAUUGGUGAUUAUGAUAUAGUACCGUAACUUGUAUAACAUAUUGUUCAGCUUGAAUUCCGGAGCUUCCAUUACUCAUUUUUCAAAUUAGAAAUUGUAAUUGUUUAUUGUGUACAAUCAAACGGAGUUUUAACUCAUUUGAAAAUUAUAGAGUAAAGCCCUUUGUUAACAAGUUAAAGUAAAUUAUGUCAAAGAUUCCUAAGACUGCGGUUCAAUCAUUACCGAAAUCAAUUAUUAAAGCUUCCAUAUUCUUUCCUCUGUUCCUUUUAGGAUGUCUUUCAAUUGUGGCUACUCAAUUAGUUGGAGUAUUCUUAUUUGCAUCUGAUCCAUCAACUGUACAAAACUUUAUAUGUUUAUCAAAACUUCAUUUUAUUAGAUUAAUUACUUUUGCUACAUCAUUUAGUUCUUCAGCAGAUAUAUCAAUCACUUAUGAUACGGCACUUUUACCAUCAUCUAAUACAUUUACAGUAGAUAAUCAAGGAAAUAUUCAUUCUAAUUUUAGUCCUAAUUCGGUAUUUAUUUCAAAUCAUCAAAUUUAUACUGAUUGGAUGUUCCUUUGGUUUUUAAAUUAUACAUCUAAAUUAGGUCAAUAUGUAUUUAUAGUUCUUAAAGAUCAAUUAUCUAAACUUCCUGUUUUAGGAUAUGGAAUGAAAAAUUAUAAUUUCUUAUUCUUAUCUAGAAAAUGGGAACAAGAUAAAGUUGUUAUUGCAAAACAAUUAAAAAUGAUUGAUGCUGAUGCUCAAGGAGUUGGACCAUCUAAUGGAGUUAAAAAUAAAAAUGAUAGACCAAUAAAUAAUACUGUUUUUCCUUAUCAAUUAAUUUUAUAUCCUGAAGGUACUGUUCCUUCUGAUAGAACUACAAAGAAAUCAUUAGAAUAUACUCAAUUUAAAAAAUUACCUCCUUUAAAGCAUGUAUUAUUACCAAGAACAAGAGGUUUAUUUCUUGUAUUAAGAAAUUUAAAGGAUACCGUUGAAGUUCUUUAUGAUAUAACCACUGGUUAUUCUGAUUUACGAACUGAUGAAUAUGGUGAAGAUAAAUUUACUCUUAAAAAUCAUUAUAUAUGGGGUCAGGGACCUCCAAAAAUAAAUUAUCAUAUUAAAUCUUAUAGAAUACUGGAAAUUCCCCUCGGAGAUUUAUCAGUUGAUAUAGAUGAUGUUAAAGAAGUAGAAUUACAAGCUUUUGAAGAUUGGUUAUUAAAAGUAUGGUAUGAAAAGGAUGCUAGAAUGGAAGCAUUCUUUAGAAAUGGUUCAUUUACUGAUCCAAUUAAUCCAAUUACAACAGAAAAAACUGUAGAAGGUAAAUUACAAUUACGUAAUACUUUUGAAGUUUUAACUAUAUUUACAACUGUUGGUGUCGUAUUCUCAUUAUUAUUUGUUUUGCUUUAUGUUUUGAAAUUGUUCUUGUUUUAGAUAUAUUAAUCUAAUUCUUUUCUAUAUAUAUCUGAAACUAAUAUGCUACAUGUCUGUUUUGAACCUGUUUCAAAACUUUUUAUAAAUAA